UGUGUCAAUGGUCCGGUCGAGUGACGUUUGAGAGCGCCACCACUGCGCAUGCCUAGCGCAUAUACGCGUCGCAUUUAGGGGGACGGUUAAAACUUUAAAAUUAGCUGUGAUGUCGGCAGUUGUUUUUGAAUUAAUUUAAUUGUAAGGUUCAUUCGUCGGGUUUGCUGUUAAUUCCGCCUCACGCGGCUUAAAUAGUUUGUAGUUAAUUAGGGCGGAGUACAGGAACACCAUUCAGGUGUAGUGGGCUCUUUGAUCCUGACCAGUCAGUCUCCUGUUUUGGCUCUGCAGACGUCCGUUAGAUGGCGCCCUCGCCAGUUUUCAAGAUGAGCCACUUGGCAGAGAGACAAUCCGUGGGGGCCUCUAAAUGCCCAGCAGACGUGAGCAAGCACAAAGUGAAACGCCUGAAGUCACGUAAGGAGCGCAGUCAGGUGAGAGGCACAAAGGACGCCUGCAAGCUCAAAGCGCGCAGCUGCCACCCUCAUGGCAACCUGGAUAUCGGGCACCCAUACGGCUGCUGCCGGCACAGCUGUUGCCGGCACGGCUGCAGGAGGGACGACGCAUCGACCCCGCCGCCGGCGCCCUGUGAAGCGCUGGCUCCCACGCAAGAAGCCAGUGUCAUCACGGAGGCCCGCCUCACCGGCCGCCGUGGGCUCUUCAACUGCAAGGUCAAGUCUAUCGACAUCGAGCAGCUGUUACUGGGGAAGAGGGAGGCCAGGGUCAAGGAGACAAAGGCAAAGGCGACAUCCUCGCACGUCAUGACUGCUGCAAGUGGUCUCGAUGAGGAAGCCGGAGCAACUGAGGAAGCACGUGACAACAACAGCCCGGCGUCAGAUGUGACGCCGGACCAAAGAGAACAACAACAUCCAGCAAAAAACGAUUUGCGCCAGGGGCUGCCAUCCUCUGCUGAAUGCACGCCGCAGAGAAAGAACCCCCCUGACCCGCGCCCACCCUCUAGCCCGAUUCGCUGUCGGCCCGUCGUCGUGGAAACCAAGGGGGACACGCAUGCCCAAAGAGAGGACACUGGCUGUAAGUCUGUCGCUGUGGUGGCACGGCACCUGUGCGAAGCCUUGCGCCUCCCCUUAAUGAGGAAGAGGGAUCUGGUGGCGGAGAGCAGGGAGGUGCUGGUGCGGGCUCUGCGAGCGGCGCACGGCCAGCGCUUGCAGCAGAACCUCCUCCGCAUACACUCAACCACCGACCUCCACCAUCAUCCCAGGACAGAAGUCCAAUAUCCCACACGGAAAGACUGGGAUGGUCGCUUGAUGCCAGACACGUUCCCAGCACCAUUUCAAGUCCACUCUGCUGAUUACUUCUACUUCGGCAGCAAGGAUGCUUCCGCUUUGGAAAACACAAGGAAGGGAAGGCAGCACGUUCCCUGGGAUCUCAGGAGCUCGCCACAGCAGCACUUCAGCCAGACCGACGCCUGGCAAAGCAGCCCCAUGAACACCUCGGCAGGCUUCUUGGAGGAUAUCUUCAGGCCUCACGUCUUGCCGGAGGAGUUCAGCAUGGAUUUUGGCUCCUCCUCGACAGAGAUUCAUCACUUGUUUGGCCCAUCUCCUCCCUGUCGAGCGGAACCGGCGACACACGGCUUUGCCAAAACGGACUACACUGUGGGUCCAUUUGAGGACUGUUUUGCGCGGAGGAGGUUGAGUCGAUCGCAGGCGAGCAGCACGCAACUUGGCGCCCGCCAGGAGCUUGCAGCCCGAUAUUCACCUGAGAGCUUUCCCCUCGAGCGGGAAACCUUUGAAAGUCAACAGUACUUCCCAAGCCCCAUUUUGUGCUCACAACCUUUAACUUCCAUCCACGAUCACCGUUACCAGCCAUCUUACAGUCCUCCAUCUUUAUUUGCAUCCUUGUCAAGUCCGAAGCCCUUGUCCUUUUACCACAGGAAAUUGUACUAA